AUGGCGGCGAAGUUAAGCGUGGAAGAAGUAUUGGACAAAGUUUUAGAAGGAAAUGCUGACACAAAUCAAGAGCAGAUAAGAGGCGAAAACGACGACGAAAGCAGUAACGUCCUAACACUACCAGAAAUAAGCGAGCCUGGCAUGCCUCGCAUGCUGUUUUCAUUGAACGUAAAUGUGGGGAAGGUUUUAGAGGAGAGUCGUAUUUAUGGCUAA